CCUGAUGGCCCGGUCGUUUCUUCACCAACAAUUUCGAAGCAUUCCUCCAAAUUGUCAAAGAAAAUCCCCAUCCUCCAGAAACGCCCACGGCCUCGAGCUAGGAGGCUGGAGAAACACACAAGGCGCGCGUGCGCUGCACAGCAUUUUCCACACCAUAUUCUUACAAACGGUUGCCCCCUUCCCUUUCGUCCUUGCUUGAUGCUAGCAAUUGGACGGGGAUUGGGGUUGGGUAGUUUCUACAGCCGAAAGUGGGAAGAUUUAGGCGGGGAUUGGCAGGGACACCAGGGUUACAGGGACUUUUCUUUCAAGGUAAGAAGUCUCGUCCUCCUGAUCCUCUCUGCCUCUCUCUUUGCAGGCCGGGGCUUGACGCCAUCACCAUAUUCACAGUGUCGGUCUCCAAUACCCACUCCCCUUUUUGCUGCUGGCGCCGCUGCAGAGGGCGGAUAUUGUUUCAUUUUCUCCUCACCCUCUCUACUUUCCCACUGCCGCUGCUACCUCACUGUCACACGCAUAUCGGAUACAUAG